UAGAGCGCAGCCGCAACCAUAGCGCUAAAGCAACGAACACGACCUCCCAGUUAACAAGUAAGUUAGCCUACCAGGUGACUUCAGUUUCUGGUGAAACGAAACCAAACGUCAUCUAUCUCUUUCCCACCUUUGUGACAUUAUUUCAUCGACAUAGGACGAUCUCUUUGUCAGAUUCGAGAGCCCGAAGAAGCAUGGCAGAGGCAAAUAACCAGGAACUUUUCACUUGUCCGAUUUGUUUGGACCUAUUGAACGAUCCAGUUACUAUUCCGUGUGGACACAGUUACUGUAUGGACUGCAUUAAGAACUGCUGGGAUAAGGAAGCUGGUCGCAAUGGAAUUUACAGUUGUCCCCAGUGCAGGGAGACCUUUUCUCAAAGACCCGUUGUAAAGAAAAACAAUAUUGUCGCCGAGCUUGUGGAACAAAUGAGGAAGACCAGAAUUCAGACCUCUUCUGUUGCUCAAGCUUUUGCUGCGCCUGUAGAUGUGGAGUGUGACGUCUGCACUGGAGAAAAACGGAAAGCGGUCAAGUCUUGUCUUGAGUGUCUGGCAUCUUACUGUGAAACUCACUUUGAAACUCACAAUGAACUUCACGCAGGAAGACACUCAGUGAUUGAUGCCACAGCCAAGCUACAGGAGAGGAUGUGCUCCCAUCAUAAGAAGGUUUUAGAAAUAUUUUGUCGCACUGACCAGAGCUGUAUCUGCUAUCUGUGCAUGAUGGACGAACACAAAGGCCAUGACACAGUCACAGCUGCAGCAGAGUGGAGUACCAAACAGAAUCAGCGGAAGCAGACCCAGACCAAAUUCCAGCAGACAAUCCAGGAGAAAGAGAAGGAGCUGCAGGAGCUGAGGAAGGCUGUGGAGACGCUCACGAGCUCUGCACAGACAGCAGUGGAGGACAGUGAGAGAAUCUUUACUGAGAUGAUACACACCAUUGAGAGAAGGCGCUCUGAGGUGAAAGAGCUGAUCAGAGCUCAGGAGAAGGCUGAGGUGUAUCGGGCUGAAGAACAUCUGGAUCAAUUGGAGCAGGAGAUUGCUGAGCUGAAGAGGAGAGAUGCUGAACUGGAGCAGCUUUCUCACAUUGAGGAUCACAUCCAUUUCCUUCUGACCUUCCAGUCUGUCAGUGGCCCACCACAGUCUCAAAACCUAACCAGCUUUACAGUGAACCAGAGUCUCUGUUUUGAGGCUGUGAUGAAAUCAGUCUCCACACUGAAGGACCAACUGGAAGAUUACUGCAGACAGGACAUCCUGAAGAGCUCUACUGCAGUGGCGGAGCCUGUUUUGACAGCACCAGUGACCAAAAACGAUUCCUUACAACUGGCGGAGCCUGUUUUGACAGCACCAGUGGCCAGAGACAAUUUCUUACAAUUGACUCAACCUGUUUUGCCAGCACCAAUGAACAUAAACAAUUUCUUACAAUUUUUGACAGGACCAGUGACCAGAGAUGAUUUCUUACAAUAUUCCAGUCACUUCACUCUGGAUCGAAACACAGCACAUACAAACCUCCACCUUUCUAAACGGAGCAGGAGGGUGGAAUGUAGAGCUGAGGCCAAGUCAUAUCCUGAUCAUCCAGACAGAUUUAAACAAUGGUAUCAGGUGCUGUGUAGAGAGGGUGUGUCUGGGCGCGCCUACUGGGAGUUUGAGAGGAGUGGGAGUUGUGAUAUAGGAGUCGCCUAUGAAAACAUCAGCAGGGAAGGAUCAGAAAGUAGGUUUGGAUUUAAUGAUCAAUCUUGGUGUCUAAUUAUCAACGACUGCAAAUCCUGCUCCUCUGUCUGGUUCAAUAAUAAACAGACUCAGAUUCCUCUAGUGCGCAGCUCUAGAAUAGGAGUGUAUGUGGAUCACAGGGCAGGAACUCUGGCCUUCUACAGUAUCUCUAAUAACAAAAUGACCCUCCUGCACGAAUUCCAGACCACAUUCUAUGACCCACUCUAUCCUGGGUUUAUAGUUAGUAAAGGAUCAUCAGUGAAGCUGCUGUGACUCACAGACAGAUCAAAUCUGUGAGGGCAUCUAUACAUGCAUGUGUAAAUCAUCACACCUAAACACAUACAACACACCACACAUCUGGCAGCUGGGUCUCUGAAUCUCUGAUCUGGUCACCAUCAGACCAAAGCCAUUCAUACAUAUCUGGACCCCAGCAUAUAUUAAAGCGUCUGGACCUCUGCUGGAACAAACAUCACCACACCACACAUUAGCUAGCCAUAUAAUCCUAGGUGAGAACUACCUUGGUGAACCCAGUGUUUCACUCCGUCUGACCCUCUCCCACAAUUCAUCUCCUCUCCCUCCUGCUCCCCCUAACCCUCCUUCCAGUCCCUUUCACUGUUAUGGCUUCAGUUCACAACACAUGUCUUAUGAAGGUCUACUAUGAAACCCAUGAGAUUAUAUUCAGUGGGAGUACAAUUUUACAAGACUGGAUUCCACCAAUUGUUCUGAAAGGGAAAAAGGAAAUGUG